GCGCGGGCCCGGGCUCCUCCCCCGGCGCCUCCUCGGUCAGGGUCGGGCCGCGGCCGGCGCCGGACUCAGGGCCCGAGGGCUGUGGGGCUCCGGCCGCUCGCCCGGCCGAGGUCCCCGGUCCCCGGCCCCCGACGGCAGAGGAGCCCCCGCGGGAGCACAGAAACAAACAAACAAACAGAAAGACAAGAAAUGCCUCAUUCCACAAACAAAGAACUGGUACUUGGAAUCAUGGUGGGAACUACUGGAAUCAGUUUGCUUCUUUUGUGGUACCACAAGGUUUGUAAACCAAAGACAGCAAUGCAUUUACCUAAAUUCCUUACUCUGGGUAAUGCAUUUGAUUCAGUGACUUUGCAAGAUGAGAUGCAGAAGGAUCAAGGAACAGCAGCGACCUUUCAUGGAAGGCAGCUUCAGAUACUGGAGAAGUUAAACGAAUUACUGACAAAUAUGGAAGAACUCAGAGAGGAAAUCAGAAUUCUUAAAGAAACCAUUCCAAAGCUGGAGGAAUGUGUACGCGGUGAGCUUGGAGGAAAGGCAACUGCUCAUAGGAUCAGCCCUCAGCACAGAGCUAGGAAAAGAAGACUUACCACAGUUCAGAGUUCAGGAAUAAGCAAUAGUUCAGAGGAAGCGGAAAGUGAAGGGGGCUGCUUCAAAAAGGAACAGAACUUCCAACAAAAUUGCCCUGCCAUUCAAGUUACUGAAGAACCCUUGCAUCAUGGGACCUCUCCUGUUUCUUGCCAACUUAAUUUUCUUACUGCCCCUUCAAGCCACUUUAAAAUACGAAAAGUCAGUAUAAGGAGAGGAAGUAAUUUUACUACUACAUCAACUAUAUCUUUGUCAUCUUCCUCUGAUAGAAGACUUUCUUUAUUUGGUAAACUUCCAAAAAGCAUUGGUUCCCUUCAGCGUCAACAAAGCAGAGCUAACUUUGAAUCUGAAGACAAAAGCAGCGUCAUUGAACUAAAACCUUGCUCAGAGCAUUUUGCUUUUAGAUCCUGGAGACAUUUCUCCACCCCUAAACUAAGUAUAAUCUCCUGUUAUGAAAGUGCUAUGUUUACUGAUCUUCAAUCAAGUGUUGAGAACGUAGUGGAUCCAAAUGAAAUUGAAACAGCUUCUAAAAUCUCAAGUAACGUUGAUGUUGAAAAAGAUCUAAGUUCUUGUCCUCCUGACUAUAACACUAGACAUUUUCUAAAUUUUGACACAAAAUCUCAUUCCUCCACACUUAGAGAUAGCCACGGACAUGCAACCUUCCUUUCUCUCCCACCUCUCAUUUCCCAGUCUUUGAUAAGUGACAGUGACAGUGAUACACAAGAAAGAAGAAGCCAACCAAAGAAGGAGCUCCUUCCUGCUGAUUUGCAAAGUCACAGUGCAAGUCAACCCCCAGCUGUGACCUCUGGAAACACGACUUCUGAUCCCCAUAAAGUUGCUUCGCCUUAUAAACACCCUAAGAAAUUUAUCCCAGUUCUAAAAGAAGUUACAGAUUCCUUUGAUGAUGGAAAUAAUGCUAAGUCAUCUGAAGAUGAAGACAAAUCUUCACCUAGUGAAAUUCCUAACUUAAGGUACAUUACAGCUAGCACUGACACAGAAGAACAGAGUUUUCCAGACCCUAAAGCACUUAACAUACAUAUUGAGGAAUUAAACUUAGAUGCCCUUCUUCAGAAGGCAGAUAACUUACGUAUGGACGAGUCUAAAAAGAUAGAGAGUUUUGAACUACUUUGUGACCACAAAGAAAAGUUUAAAGAUGAAAUAGAGUUUAUUUGGCGGUUAGUUCGUGCUUAUGGAGACAUGUAUGAUCUGUCUACAAAUACAGAAGAAAAGAAACAUUAUGCUAAUAUCGGAAGGACAUUAGGUGAAAGAGCUGUUACUAAAGCCCCCGAGAAUGGAUGUUGUCAUCUGUGGUACGCAGUUUUGUGUGGCUAUGUAUCCGAGUUUGAGGGCUUACAAAACAAAAUCAACUAUGGAUAUUGCUUCAAGGAACAUCUAGAUAAAGCAAUUGAAUUAUUACCUGAAGAACCCCUUUUGUAUUACCUCAAUGGAAGAUACUGUUAUGCUGUCUCACAACUGAGCUGGAUUGAGAAAAAGAUGGCUGCUACUCUGUUUGGAACAGUACCAACCUCAACUAUACAAGAAGCUUUGCAAAAUUUCCUUAAGGUUGAAGAGCUACAGCAUGAUUUUUCGAAGGCCAAUUACAUCUACCUUUCCAAGUGUUACAGGGAUCUUAAGCAAAUAGAGAAUGCCAGGAAGUUCUGUGCUUUGGCAAAGCAGCUUCCUUGUAUAACCAGAGAGGAUAAAGAUGCAGAGGAAGAGGUGAAAAAAAUAAGCCUGGCCUUGAUGAAGAAGUAAAUAAAAGAACUUCCUCUUCAACAAAUUAGAUGUGGUCUACUAAAUAUUAAACUUAUUAAAGUUGUGUUUUUUUAUUAUCCUCUUUUUAUGUAAGGGCAAUACACUCAGAUUUGAAGGUAAAGCCAUGUUUCUGUAGAAUGCAUUCACUAGUAGCACACUACCAAUCAUGUUAGUUGGAGAAGUCUGUUUCUAUAAUGUCAGUAUAAAACGAUCUUUAAAAAUGUAUGCUUUAUAUUUUUUCCUAUCAAUAAACUCUUCAGAAUCUUUCUUUUAAAUCUUUCUUUAAAUAAAAUACUUAAAUCAAUCCA